CAAAAAAAAAGAAAACAACACUAUGGACACUCGACAUGACCAAACACAACAGUAUCAAUCACACCAACAAAACCAAAUUAGCACGAAAACAAUGGUAUUUGCAACUGUGGGUGCCAUCACAAUAGGAGGACCACUUGUAGCCAUGAUGGGGUUCACUUUUUUGGCAACUAUGACAUUUUUUGUCAUAACUUCACCACUUCUCAUCAUAUUUAGCCCACUUUUGAUAGGUGCAGGGUUUGUGUUAAUAGUUGUCUUAUCCGGGUUUGCGCUGGCUGGAGUCAUGGCACUAGCUGGACUCUUUGCGUUGGGGUGGGUUUUUAGGUUGGUUAAAAGUGGUGAGUUGCAACAGAGUAUUGGGGCUUUGACAGGGAAGUUGGUUGAGAGUGGUGAGAAUAUUAAAGAGAAUGUUAAAGAGACUGGAAAAGAGUGGGCAAGUAAUUUGAAACAAACUACUACUAGUAUGCAAAAUACUCCUGAUAAUAGGACAGCAAAUCAAGCUUAA